UGUCGUCUGGAUGUCCACGUGGGUUUUGGAGAUCAGCAGAUGGGAAUAUUUGUUACUCAGUAGGCGGGAGCAGAGCGACAUGGCAAGAGGCAAACGACAACUGUGCAAGAUUCGGGGCGAAACAGAUUGAACUUUUAGACAGGUCUAUGUAUUUCUUCUUGCUAAAUGUGUUUAUAAGAGGUGAAAAAGAUAUAUUUUGGUUGGGAUUAAACGACCGUGAUAAUGAGGGUCAAUUUGUUUGGCACAUGUCGGGGAAGAGCCCAUCCUUUACUGACUGGUACCAAAAAGAGCCCGAUAACUUAUUUAACAGUGAACACUGCGUUAGUUUGUUCAAUGCUAGAGACGAAUAUAAAUGGAGAGAUGACAAUUGUGACAGGAGUUAUAAUUACAUUUGCGAGAUAGAUGCUACCGAUGUUCAGAUUACGGAGUCAAUAACUACAGAACAACAGGAAGUGAUCACAACAAGUUCUGUUACUAUGUUCAAGAUGGAGACGUCAACUAUGGCAAUAUCGGAGGGUGACAGAUGUGUUAUCAAGUUGACGGCUGUCAUUGCAGUGAUGGUUUUGCAUUUCAGUUUCCUAAUUAUGUUUUAACUGAAUGACAUUUUUGAAAUCACUUUAUCAUGACAUCUCAAGUAUCAUUUACCUGCCUCAUAUUUAUGGCGCCUGAUAUUUCAUUUAUCUGCGUCAUGAAUAUGACUUCUGAAAUAUCAUAAGUAUUAAUAACUAAAAAACUAAAAUAAGCGGAUCUAUAAGAAU